CGAAAGGCAUGGAUGCUUUUAUUCUGAAGGAACAAAGAAGAAGUUACCUCUACGUGAACCUUAAUCACUUGACGUAGAAGCCAUCUGAUAACCAUGGACGAGUAUCAAACAGAAGAGGAGACUGCGUUCAUCGUAGAAGACGUGAGCAAAAUAAUCAAAGAGUCAGUAGAAGCAGCCAUUGGAGGAAGUACUUACCAGCACAGCCGUGUGAACCAGUGGACGACCAGUGUGGUGGAGCAGUGUCUCAGUCAACUCAGCAAACUGGGAAAACCAUUCAAAUACAUUGUCACCUGUAUCAUCAUGCAGAAAAACGGAGCUGGCCUGCAGACAGCCAGCGCCUGCUUCUGGGACAACUCUACAGACGGAAGCUGUGCAGUGAGAUGGGAGAACAAGUCCAUGUACUGCAUUGUCAGUGUUUUUGGCCUGGCCAUCUGAGACCAUGGAGUAGAGUCUGACCCUGAUUGUAAGACACAGCAUUAAUCCAUGUAAAUAAAUCCAUACAUACUUGUCUAGUACUAACCAAUACAGGACCAGUUAUGAAUACAGGUGUUGUCUCUUAUUGUUUGCAUUAAUUGUAAAUGUCUGACUUUUUUUGUUGUUAUUUUAUAAAUGCUCUAAGAAGA